GUGGUUAAUGUGUGUAAGCUUCUUUUGUAAUUUGUUCCUCCAUAUAGCUCUGAUUUAAAGAUCUGUGAUAGUUGUUGACCAAAAAAAAAAAAAAAAAAACUGUGAUAUUGAUCAUCUUUCUAUCAUACUAAUCAAUGGAUUCUUCAUUUUUCCUUACUACUGUUGCUGCUGCAAUUGGCUUAUUCACCCUUUGGAGAAAAGUCAGAGUCCAUCAAGAUAACAAAGAAACAAAGUCUUCUUCCUCAACUCUUCCAUUACCUCCAUCUUCUUUGUCUUGCAUCUGGACACACCAAGUCUUUCCCAGCUUCCGCGGGGAAGAUGUCCGUAGAGACUUCCUUAGUCACAUUCAGAUGGAGUUUCAAAGAAUGGGAAUCACUCCAUUCAUUGAUAAUGAGAUCAAAAGAGGAGAAUUCAUCGGUCCAGAACUCACUCGGGCUAUUAGAGGGUCUAAGAUCGCAAUUAUAUUGCUCUCUAGGAACUAUGCUUCUUCAAGAUGGUGUCUCGAUGAACUGGUGGAGAUCAUGAAGUGCAGAGAAGAGAUAGGUCAAACUGUGAUGGUCAUUUUUUAUAAAGUGGAUCCAUCUAGUGUUAAAAAACUGACCGGAGAAUUUGGGAAAGUCUUCCGUAAAACUUGUGCUGGUAAAACAAAGCAGGAUAUAGGGAGAUGGACACAAGCUUUGGCAGAAGUGGCCACAGUAGCUGGUUAUCAUUCAAGCAACUGGGAUAACGAAGCGGCCAUGGUCAAGAAAAUCGCCACUGAUAUUUCAAACAUAUUAUUGAUUAAUCUCACACCAUCAAGUGAUUUCGACCGGCUAGUUGGGAUGAAAUCUCAUUUGGAAAAGAUGAAACCAUUGUUAUGCCUAGAGUCAGAUGAAGUGAGGAUGAUUGGGAUUUGGGGCCCUCCUGGGAUUGGGAAGACCACAAUUGCCAGAGUUGUAUACAACCAACUCUCCAACAAUUUUCAAUUGAGUGUCUUUAUGGAGAAUAUCAAAGCAAACUAUACAACACCUUCUUCUGAUGACUAUAGUAUAAAGUUGCGCUUACAACAACAGUUUAUGUCUCAAAUCACCAACCAUAAGGAUAUGGAGAUUUCUCACUUAGGAGUUGUCUAUGAUAGGUUGAAAGACAAGAAAGUUCUUGUCGUUCUUGAUGGCGUGGACGACUCAGUACAACUAGAUGCGAUGGGGAAAGAAAAUUCGUGGUUUGGUCCUGGGAGUCGAAUUAUCGUUACAACACAAGAUCAUCAACUUUUUAGAGCACAUGGGAUUAAUCAUAUCUACAAGGUUGAUUUUCCAUUAUCUGAUGAGGCUCUUCAAAUCUUUUGCAUGAAUGCUUUUGAUCAAAAGUCCCCUAAAGAUGGUUUCGAGGAACUUGCUCGGAAAGUUACAAGACUUGUCGGUGACCUCCCUUUGGGGCUAAGGGUUAUGGGCUCUUAUUUCCGGGGAAGGUCGAAGCAAGAGUGGACAGAGUCACUACCAAGGUUAUAUACCAGCCUUCCCGGUGGCAUUCAAAGCAUUUUGAAGUUAAUCUAUGAUGCAUUAGAUGACGAUGAUAAAGAUCUAUUUCUUUAUAUAGCAUGUCUUUUCAACCAUCUUCAGAUGAUUAAGAGAGUGGAAGAGCUUCUUGCAAAGAGGUUCUUGGGAUUGAGGCAAAGGCUUAAUGUCUUAGCUGAGAAAUCUCUCAUAUCUAUUGACCCUAUCUUUAUGGAGAUGCAUAGUUUGCUACAAACACUAGGUAGAGACAUUGUUCGUAAACAUGAGCCUGGACAGCGCCAGUUUUUGGUCGAUGAAAGAGAAAUCUGUGAAGUAUUGACUAGUGAUGGAGCUGGUAGUAAAAAUAUCAUAGGCAUAAAGUUCGGCAUCUUUAAAUUCACGGAAGAAUUAUAUAUAAGUGAGAAAGCCUUUGAAGGAAUGUCUAAUCUCCAGCUCUUAAUAUUGGAUGGCUAUUUCGAUCAAGUGCAAUUACGGAGAGGUCUGAGUUUUAUAUCUCGUAAACUUCGUUUACUAGAAUGGUCUCAUUUUCCAAUGACAUCUUUGCCUUCUAUUGUGAAUGUGGCGUUCCUUGUUGAACUAAACCUGAAGCACAGCAAGCUUGAGAAGUUGUGGGAAGGGAUUAAACCACUUCGAAAUCUCAAGAGUAUGAACUUGAGUUAUUCUGUAAAGUUGAAGGAGCUUCCUGAUCUCUCAACUGCCACUAAUCUUCAAGAACUAACUCUGAGGAACUGCUACAGCCUGGUGAAGCUCCCUUCCAGUGUUGGGUGUGCCACUAAUCUUCAGAGUUUAGAUCUUUCUAAUUGCUCCAGCCUGGUGAAGCUCCCUUCCAGUAUUGGGUGUGCCACUAAUCUUCAGAGUUUAGAUCUUUCUAAUUGCUCCAGCCUGGUGGAGCUCCCUUCCAGUAUUGGGUGUGCCACUAAUCUUCAGAGUUUAGAUCUUUCUAAUUGCUCCAGCCUGGUGGAGCUCCCUUCCAGUAUUGGGUGUGCCACUAAUCUUCAGAGUUUAGAUCUUUCUAAUUGCUCCAGCCUGGUGGAGCUCCCUUCCAGUAUUGGGUGUGCCACUAAUCUUCAGAGUUUAGAUCUUUCUAAUUGCUCCAGCCUGGUGGAGCUCCCUUCCAGUAUUGGGUGUGCCACUAAUCUUCAGAGUUUAGAUCUUUCUAAUUGCUCCAGCCUGGUGGAGCUCCCUUCCAGUAUUGGGUGUGCCACUAAUCUUCAAAGUUUAGAUCACCUCGUUCUCAAGGGAUGCAGAGAGCUGGUAUCACUGUCACAGAUCACAGAUUCCAUAUCAACUCUUGAUGCAGAAGAUUGUGAGUCCCUGGAGAGACUAGAUUGCUCGUUUCACAAUCCAAUGGAAUUUCUCAACUUUGGUAACUGCUUCAAACUGAAUCAAGAAGCAAGAGACCUCAUCAUCCACACACCGACUGCUGAACAUGCCAUUUUACCCGGUGGAGAAGUGCCUUCGUACUUCACUCAUCGAGCUACAAGCGGGGGUUUACUGACCAUAAAGCUGAAUGAGAGGCCUCUUCCUACAUCCAUGACAUUUAAGGCUUGCAUCUUGUUGGUUUAUAUAGGUGGCGAUGAAGCUGGUGAUAAACUUGAAACUCUCUUUGUUGAUAGUAGACAAAGCGAGCGUUUGAUAUAUCCAGUUUUAACAGAGCAUCUGUACAUAUUUGAAGUCGAGGAGGAGGUGACUUCCAACGAGCUUGUCUUUGAGUUCAAGGUCGACAAACGUAGCGGUUGGAAGAUAGCAGAAUUCGGACUACACCAACUCUUGGAGGUUGAUGAAUACUAUGAGAGCUUGAGCAGUGGGCCAAACAAAUAAAUAAUCUCUGUUUUUUGCUCUACCCCUAAAAAUCAUACAUACUCUGUUAAUCUGUUUAGUGAGUGUGUUCCUCUGUUACUACUUCAAAUCCAGUUUAUUCCGAAGAAUUUAUUCAGAACUCUGAGCUUGAAGAGCGUCUCUCUACUUUGCAGAACGAGAACCAGAUGCUUCGACAUAUUCUGAAGAACACAACAGGAAACAAGAGAGGAGAAGGAGGAGGAGGUGGUUCUAACGCUGAUGCAAGCCUUUGAUCUUCUUCCUUCUUCAAUCUUGUGUUACAUUUUAAUGUUAAAUUUAUAUGGGAUGUGAAGAGCUAAAUUUCCAUUUCUUGUAGACCAAAAACUUCUCUUGUUGUAGUUUUUGGUCAUUCAAAGAUAAUUUUGUUUUUCUUUUUAACAAAGAAAAAAAAACUAAUUUUGUUC